AAAAAAAACUUUUUGUAUCGAAGGAAUCAACAGCCGCCAUCUUGCGCGAAUGAGCGUCAGGAUUUCGGGAGAGCAUUAUAUUAUUUUUUACGCAGCCGGCUCCAUCGGAACCGACCCAAAUAGCUUCCCUGCGACGGAAACGACAAGCUUCGGGCCAGAUCGAGGAUCUUUGUGGCGAAAAUCAGCGUAAUGGAGCCGUUUUUGUGGUCGGCUGGAAAACCCCCGUAUAUCUGAUUUCCCCCUUCAGCGCGAGCGGCGCUCCUGUGCCACUCGCCUAUAUUCAAAAAUAAAUAUUUCCUCCCGAUUUUCAUCUAUCUUUCUGGACUUCGAUGAUUAUUCGAUUCGGGAUGGACAUGGAGCUUGAAGGUCUUUAUUUAUAUUCGCAGAAAAUCGCCUUUUUGAAGAGACCCACGCGAACCACUUGAAGGACCCAGGAUUGCUGUUUUUUUCGCCCUCGUCGUUUAUUUUUCGGUUUUAACGAUGAUAUAAUUUAUUUUCGCGGGGUUUGGGGUGAUCAUUAAGGUUAAUUAUGCGGGUUUUGGGUGUUGGAUUAUCAUGGGGUGAAUGGCGGUGGCGGAGCGGGGCGCUGUUGAGUCGCGUUUGAGCCCCAUCUGUUAAUUAUUGGCCCCUGAUCGCUGAAUAAUAAUAGAAAAACCCGAGGCUUGAUUUGAUUUAUUUCGCUUUGUCCCCCCUCCCGGGCUCUUGGAAGACGCAUUUAUUGCUUUGACGUGGUUUUUUUGUGAAGCGAGAGAGCACGAUGGCUGAUAAUCUACUGGAUAUGGGUCCCUCCGCCGCAAAGCGGCCCAAACUGAACUCACCUGCCCUAUCCUCCUCCGACACUCCAGACUUCGUGUCCUUGUUCGACUUGGAAAAUGAUCUUCCAGAUGAGCUGAUACCCAACGGAGACCUGGGCCUGAUGUCCAUGCCCUCUAAUGGAGAUGGAGGGGUUGGAAGCAGGAUGGGGGGCAAUGUCCCGGAUGCUGCUGCCAAGCACAAGCAGCUAUCCCAGCUCUUGCAGGCAGGGAGCGGCUCUGGUCUGGGUGGAAACCUCAGCCCUCAGUCUGGUAUGGGUGGACAACUGGGUGCCUUGGGCAAGAGUCCCAUGGGCCAGGGCUCACCUGGACACCAGACCCAAGCUCCCAAGCCUGUCGGGACCCCUACCGGUCAGGGCAACAACAGCCCUGGAAUGGGCAUGAAUACAGGUUUCAACCCGGCCAUGCUGAACAAUAACAACCAGGCUCAUGGACUUAUGGGGCAGAACAUGACUCCGCAGGGGCAGAUGAUGAAUGGUGUGAUGGGACCGGCCGGAAGAGGCAGGACAGCUCCAGGGAUGCAGUACCAGGGACAGGGCAUGCAGGGGGCACCUGUCGGAGCAGGCGGUGGGCAGGGAGUCGGUGUUUCUGGCAGCGUAUUGGCGGAGACGCUUACCCAGGGUGCACCACAGAUGGGGGCACACAAUGCCAUCAAUCAGCAAGCGGGGAAUAUGAACAAGAUGGGGCUUGCAACAGCUAAUGGUCCUUUCGGGCAGCAGUACGUACAGGGUUCGGUUCAGCAGAUGUCCAACGCUGGAUUAAACGCUCAGAUGCAGAACAAGGCAGCUCUUCCUAACAGCCUCCAGCCCACCCUGAAGGGUGCUUCCAGCGUGCCAAAUCUGCUGCAGCAGCAGGUGCCCUCUGUGGGCAUGGUCCCGGGACAGGGAGUUUCGGCAGGCCCCACGGCCGACCCAGAGAAGCGCAAACUGAUCCAGCAGCAGCUGGUCCUGCUGCUUCACGCCCACAAGUGCCAGCGGCGAGAGCAGGCCAACGGAGAGGUGCGCGCCUGCGCCCUGCCCCACUGCCGCACCAUGAAGAACGUCCUCAACCACAUGACCCACUGCCAGGCGGGAAAAUCCUGCCAAGUGGCUCACUGCGCCUCAUCAAGACAGAUCAUCUCACACUGGAAGAACUGCACCCGGCACGACUGCCCUGUCUGUCUGCCCCUGAAAAAUGCCAGUGACAAGAGAAACCAGCAGCCGAUGCUGAGCUCCCCGAAUCCUGGCAUGCAGUCUCCGCUGGGGCAGGUGGGCACGAGUCAGCCUGCGGCGCCCGCCAUCAGCAGCGGCACACACAUCGACCCCAGCUCCAUGCAGAGGGCGUACGCAGCGCUGGGCCUCCCGUACGGGAAUCAGCCCGCCGCACAGACACAGGUCGCAGGACAGCAGCCCACGCAGACGCAGCAGAUGCGCUCCAUGGCCGCAUUAGGCUCUAACCAGAUGAACAUCGGUGGUAAUGGUAUGGCCGAUCAGACGAACCUUCACACUGAUUCCUCUCUCCCCUCAUCACUCAGCAGCAACCAGAUGAUGCCCGACGGGUCGAAUAUGGGUGGCGCAGGGAACCUGCCCACUGCUGCGCCGCUGUCGAUGCCCGGCAUGAAGAAACCCUGGCACGAGCACGUCACUCAGGACCUGAGGAAUCACCUAGUGCACAAGCUAGUUCAAGCCAUAUUCCCGACUCCUGACCCUGCAGCACUGAAAGACAGACGCAUGGAGAAUUUGGUUGCUUAUGCACGGAAAGUGGAGGGAGACAUGUAUGAGUCUGCCAACAGCAGGGAUGAGUAUUAUCACUUUCUGGCUGAGAAGAUCUAUAAGAUCCAGAAGGAGCUGGAGGAGAAGAGAAAGUCCAGGCUGUCGAAGCCGCAGAUGGGCGCUCAGGGUCCUCAGCAGCCUGGCCUUCCUCAGCCUAACCCUAUGGGGCCUGCACAAGCCAUCCGGCCACCAAAUGGACCUGUCUCCAUGUCCAAUGUGCCAAAUCAGUUGAUGGCCCGGAUGCAGGUUCCUCAAGGGAUGGGCCAGUUCAACCCCGUGACCAUGCAGAAUGUGCAGAUGUCCCAGUCGCAGGUGGGAGCUCCUCGGGCUGCAUCACCUAUGACCCACAACCCUCAGAUGGGCAUGGGGAACGUUCCACCGAUGGUUAUGUCUCCUUCCAGAAUGCCGCAAGCUCAAGCCAUGAUGGGAGGACAUGCUAAUAACAUGGUGGGCCAGACACCCAACCAGAACCAGUUCAUGAACCAGACACCGUUCCCAGCCUCGGCCGGGGGCAUGAAUGUGAAUGUAAACCUGGCCCAGCAGUCAGGACAGACUGUCCAACAGCAGCAGCAGCAGAACGCUAACCUGACCCUGAACGCUGUGGGCUCUCUGGGCCCGCCGUCCGCCCUGUGCUCCACCCCUCCUCCGCCCUCCGCCUCCACCCCGUCAGCCGCUGCCAGCCUGCAGUCACUCCAGACCCAGCCCUCCACGCCAGCCUCCGUCGGGGGCCACGUCACGCCCACCCACAUCCCCAGCGGCCUGCCCCGUCCUCCCUCUGUCCUGGGCUCCUCCCCUGCCCCGUCCCAGCCGCACACACCCUUGCAGUCCCAGCCUGAGCCCCCCAUGCAGAUGCAGCAGCCCACCUCUGUGCAAGCGCAGCAGCCAAGCACUCCGCUCUCUCAGAUGGCUCCCAGUGUUGAUAAUAGAGUCCCCACGCCUGCUUCUGUGGCUGAGACACACUCCCAGCAGGCCUUGCCUGACUAUCCUGCUGCCGAGCCCAAAAUCGAGCAUCAAGAAGACGAGCAGGAAGUGGAGUCUGGGAAAAAACGGCCCGAUAUUAAGAUGGAGGAUGAAGAUGUCAAGCCUCCACAGGUGAAGGAGCAGCCGGAGACUGUAGAGCCCAAACAGGAACCGAUGGAGACUGAGGACAAGAAACCGGAGACAAAGACUGAGCCGAAAGAAGAAGAAGUGUCCAGUACUAACAGCUCCACUCCAGCCAACCAGUCUGCUCAGUCACGAAAGAAAAUUUUCAAACCGGAGGAGCUCAGACAAGCGCUAAUGCCUACCUUGGAAGCUCUGUAUCGCCAGGACCCAGAAUCCUUGCCAUUUCGCCAGCCAGUCGACCCAAAUUUACUGGGCAUCCCGGACUAUUUUGACAUUGUGAAGAACCCGAUUGACCUUUCCACCAUUAAGAGGAAGUUGGACACCGGGCAGUACCAGGAGCCCUGGCAGUACGUGGACGACAUCUGGCUGAUGUUCAACAACGCCUGGCUAUACAACCGCAAAACAUCGCGAGUAUACAAGUACUGCUCUAAGCUGGCUGAGGUGUUUGAGCAGGAGAUCGACCCGGUCAUGCAGGGUCUGGGAUACUGCUGUGGACGCAAGUAUGAGUUUUCACCUCAGACGCUUUGCUGCUAUGGCAAACAGCUCUGUACAAUCUCCCGGGACGGCACAUAUUACAGCUACCAAAACAGGUAUCACUUCUGCGAGAAGUGCUUCAAUGAGAUUCAGGGCGACAGUGUCACUCUGGGGGACGACCCGACCCAGUCGCAGACGUAUGUAUCAUCUGCUGCCCAGAAGUCUUUGAGUAUGAUAUCAAAGGAGCAGUUUGAGAAGAAGAAAAACGACACGUUGGACUCUGAACCCUUUGUUGAAUGUAAAGACUGUGGCCGGAAGAUGCAUCAAAUCUGCGUACUACAUUAUGACGUCAUCUGGCCAUCAGGUUUCAUCUGUGACAACUGCCUGAAGAAGUCAGGAAAAUCAAGAAAGGAGAACAAGUUUUCUGCUAAAAAAUUACAGUGCACGAGGCUGGGCUCAUACAUUGAGGACCGAGUGAAUAAGUACUUGAAGAGGCAGAAUCACCCAGAGGCCGGAGAGGUGUUCGUACGGGUGGUCGCCAGCUCUGAUAAGACCGUUGAGGUCAAACCUGGCAUGAAAUCGAGGUUUGUUGACUCAGGAGAGAUGUCGGAAAGCUUUCCCUACAGAACCAAAGCACUUUUUGCAUUUGAGGAGAUUGAUGGAGUGGAUGUGUGUUUCUUCGGCAUGCACGUCCAGGAAUAUGGAUCUGAUUGUCCCUUUCCUAACACCAGGCGGGUAUACAUAUCAUAUCUUGACAGUAUUCACUUCUUUAAACCUCGAUUGCUAAGAACUGCGGUUUACCAUGAAAUCCUCAUCGGCUAUUUGGAGUAUGUUAAGAAACUUGGAUAUGUGACUGGUCAUAUCUGGGCCUGUCCACCUAGUGAAGGUGAUGACUACAUUUUCCACUGUCACCCUCCUGAUCAGAAGAUUCCCAAGCCUAAAAGACUCCAAGAGUGGUACCGCAAAAUGCUCGACAAAGCCUUUGCAGAAAGAAUCAUUCACGACUACAAGGACAUAUUUAAGCAGGCCACGGAGGACCGACUUACAAGUGCCUACGAGCUGCCCUAUUUCGAGGGUGAUUUUUGGCCCAAUGUUCUGGAGGAAAGCAUCAAAGAGCUGGAGCAGGAGGAGGAGGAGAGGAAGAAGGAGGAGAAUACAGCCUCCUCUGAGACAACAGAGGGAGCCCAAGCUGACAGCAAGAACGCCAAAAAGAAGAACAAUAAAAAGACCAACAAAAAUAAAAGCAGUGUGAGCCGCGCCAACAAAAAGAAACCUGGGAUGCCGAAUGUAGCUAAUGAUCUGUCCCAGAAGCUAUAUGCAACGAUGGAGAAGCACAAAGAGGUCUUCUUCGUGAUCCACCUGCAUGCUGGUCCAGUGGUCAAUACCCUGCCUCCGAUCAUGGACCCUGACCCUCUGUUGACCUGCGAUCUGAUGGACGGCCGCGAUGCCUUCCUGACCCUGGCCAGGGACAAGCACUGGGAAUUCAGCUCUCUUCGCCGCUGCAAAUGGAGCACUAUGUGUAUGCUAGUGGAGCUGCACAAUCAGGGCCAAGACCGAUUUGUGUACACUUGCAACGAAUGCAAGCACCAUGUAGAGACACGCUGGCAUUGCACCGUUUGCGAGGACUUUGAUCUAUGCAUUAACUGCUACAACUCCAAGGGUCAUGAGCACCAAAUGGUUAAGUGGGGUUUGGGUCUGGACGACGACAGCAACAACCAGGGCGGCGAGGCCAACAAGAGCCCACAGGAGAGUCGACGCCUCAGCAUCCAGCGCUGCAUCCAGUCCUUGGUGCAUGCCUGUCAGUGCCGCAAUGCCAACUGCUCUCUACCAUCUUGUCAGAAGAUGAAGAGAGUGGUUCAGCACACCAAGGGCUGCAAGCGCAAGACAAACGGAGGCUGCCCUGUUUGCAAGCAACUCAUUGCGUUGUGCUGCUACCAUGCCAAGCACUGCCAGGAGAACAAGUGUCCUGUACCCUUCUGUCUCAAUAUCAAGCACAAGCUGCGGCAGCAGCAGAUUCAGCAGCGACUGCAGCAGGCGCAAAUGAUGCGGCGGCGUAUGGCACUCAUGCAGGGCAGAGGAAUGCCUCCGAGCUUGCCCUCCCCAACUACCUCAGGAGGUCCCGGGACGCCCAACUCUCAGCAGUUGCAGCAGCCUAAUACUCCUCAGACCUCGCAGGCAUUAGCCAACCAGCCCCAGCAGACGCAUCCGAAUGUGGCUGCAAUGGUGCAAGCCUUCCCUAACCAACCCCCUACACCAGGGUCGCAAGGUAAACCAGGGCCGCAGUCCUCUCCUUUGCCCCAACAGCAGUCUCCACUACCCAUACCGCCCCAACAACAGCCGCAGCCCUCUCCGCAACAGCAGGCUUUAAAGGUUGCAAAACAAAUAGAGAUGAUGACCAAAGUUAAGCAGCAGCAGCAGCAGCAGCAGCAACAACAACAACAACAACAACAGCAGCAGCAGCAGCAGCAACAACAGCAGCAGCAGCAAGACUACAGAAUGAGCAUGAAUGGCAUGCCAAUGAACCAGCCUCGCAUGAUGACUUCCAUGCAGAUGAUGGGCCCUCGUGGUCCGCAGAUGGUUCAGAACAUGCAGCAGGGUCAGUGGGCACCUGGGAUGGCAAUGCAAAACCCACAGGGGCCUCCUCCACAGCAGGUGCCCCAGCAGCAGAUGGCCAUGGCGCAACAGCAGUCUCAGGUAGCGCAGACGCCCCAACAGGCGCAAAUGAUUCAGCGCGCCCUGAUGCAGCAGCAGCAGCAACAGCAGCAGCAACCGCGUCAAAUUCAGGCCGUCAUGCCUCCCCAGCAGGUGCAACCCCAGGCCCCGCAGCAACAAGGCAUGCAGCAAAGAGGUGUAACCAGCAACAUUACUCCCGGAGCGCUGCAGGACCUGCUGCGAACAUUAAAAUCACCAAGUUCCCCUCAGCAGCAACAGCAGGUUCUUAACAUCCUCAAGUCAAACCCACAUCUCAUGGCUGCGUUCAUCAAACAGCGGACGGCAAAAUACCAGGCCAAUCAACCACAGCAGCAGCAGAACCCGCAGGCCAUGCUCGCUAGUCAGCAGGGAAUGCAGAACAUGGCUGCAAUGCAACCCGGUUCCGUCCAGAGACCUGUUAUGCCCCCUCAGCAGCAGCCGCAGCCUCAGCCUGCUGCAACCCAAGCUAUGGCUGCCCUCGGAUCCCAGGGACAAAUGAUGAACGCUGCACAUAAUGGAAAUCAGCAGCUGUUCCGCCGGCAGUUAUUGCGUCAGAUGCAGCAGCAGCAGCAGCAUCAACAACAACAGGGAGCCAUGCCUCCUGGUCAGGGGAGAUUCCCGCAACCCCAAGGAGCAGCAAGUUAUUCGCAAAUCCGCGUGCAGCAGCAGAUGGCCAUGCAGGGUGGCGCAGGACCGAUGGGCCAGAUGCCGCCUAUGGCUCAGAUGGGCCAGCCUGGCAUGGGCUUGGAUGCCCAGCAGCAGCAGAAUUUGAUGCAGCAGCGCAUGCUGCAGCAGCAGCAACAACAGCAGCAGCAGAUGAUGAAGCAGCAAAUGGGCUCGCCGGCACAAGCCGCUUCCAUGAGUCCCCAACCCCACAUGCUUGGGGGACAGCCGCAGGGAGCUCACAUGCCCGGACAGGCCAUGGCCAAUGCGCUGGGUAACCAAGUGAGGUCGCCUGCGCCUGUGCAAUCACCCCGUCCCCCGUCCCAACAACCGCCACAUUCCAGCCCGUCUCCACGCAUGCAGCCCCAGCCUUCGCCCCUACACCCCGGAUCCUCCCAUCCCAGCCUGGCAGGACCCAUGCCGGGCCCAAUGGACCAGGCGCACAUGUGCACGGCUGAACAGAGUGCAAUGCUUCCGCAGCUGAACACACCAAACCGUGGAGGGCUCACCAACGACUUGAAUAUGGACACCACGGGAGACACGUUAGAGAAGUUUGUGGAGGGAUUGUAGCAUUAAGAGACUUCAUUCUUUGAGCAGAGAGAUGUGCUGUGUACACAGGAAUUAGAGAAGGUGGCGAAAAUGAUGAACUAUAAAAGGUUUACACAACCAAUGGACUGCUUUUUUCUUCCUUGUUGGAGGGGUUGAAAUUACUGUUUAACGAGCAGAAUCACAAAGGGUUUGUUUGUGGGGGAGGGGUUGUCGGACUGGCAGAUAUUCAGUCCUGGUCUUUGAGUUACAUUUUUAAUUGUUUUGUUUUUUUCGGGGAGGGGGUUAUUUUGAGCUUAUGGACUUUUUAAAUGGAAUUUCUCAAGGCAAAAGAUUUGAUUUUAUUAUUGAAGACUUUCGUUUUGUAUGUUUGCAAACUGAAAUGCAUUUUUUUUGUGAGUGUGUGUGCGUGUUUAGGGACUGUAAGAUACUUGGUGUGGAAUUAGGAUCAAGCUCAAUCCUCAUUCCUGUCUGAUGCGUAUUCACAUUAGCAGAUUCGGAAAAGGACGCGCCGCCUUUUUCUCUCCAAACUGUGGAGUUUGUACAGAGGACCUGUAUUCAUUUGUACAGAAAGGAGCUUGGCUACUGCACACACGCACACACACACGAACACGCGAGCAAAUGGUAAAGUUGCUCUUAUUUUUCAAGGUGCCCAAAUGCGUUAAUUUAUUGGCCUGGAUUCAGUAGUUGUCUCUUAAGAUGUAGGAAAGAUGUUCCUGUUUUCUCGUUUGAUCUCUAAAACAUCAAUGAUGUCCCCUCCACCUCGCGUAUGAGGCCGGAGCUUCGUCUGACUGCUGAUUUGUUCAAAGAGUUCUUCAGUCAACCUCUUUUUCUUUUCUCCUCAUGAAACUUGAAGGUGAACGAUUCUUUAAUGUAAAUCAUGCAGCUUGAUGACAUACUGUAAAUAAAAGGAAAAAAGAUUGAGAUCGCUGUAUAAACUGAUUAAGAACUCGUUUCGUACUUAUAUACCAUAUUGUUAAAUAAACUGUGUGCAACAGAUAA